AAAAAAAAACAGAAAAAAAACCCGAAAAAAUGCAUAAUGAUAAUCACGCAGACUAAGAUUCUCCUGUUGUCCAUAAGGAGGCGCUGGGCUCUCUGCCACUCGGUUCAGAAUGGAGACCCUUCAAAGCUUCAGGGAGGCUUUUUUGGGGGGGAUAAAACUGCUUCCUGUCCUGGUGUCAAUUCAUUCCGCUGCUCCUUUUUCUAUCAAGCAACUAAUGAACGUAUCGGCCUCUGGUAGGGGCAUGUCAGUCCGUCCUCCAUAUUGAAUGUGUCACUUGGUGGACGCACACUAACAACACUUUUGAGUCACCGAAGGUUCUGGGGUUGAACUCCCCAGCGCGCCCCGCCCAUAUGUUAUGUUGAUAUGUUGUGCGUUCCUUGUGUCGGUACGACUACCGUAAUUUCCGGCCUGCAAGCCGUGACUUUUUUUUUUCCACACGCUUUCAACCCUGCGGUUUAUGCGGUGAUGCGGCUAAUUUGUGCAAUUUUUCUAACGGCCCCAAGGGGGCACUCGAGCAGAAAAGGUAAGAGUGAGACCGGUGGAAUAGAUGUGCCGAGGACGUGACUUUGACCGGUCCUGUUAGUGCUGCGCUAGCAUGUUGCUCCUGUGUUACUGGUGUGUCUCAGUGAUAUUUACUGGUAAGUUUUAUUUUAACCGGCCCUGUGGGCGUUAGCGCUAGUGUGAGGCUAACAUUAGGGCUGCUAGCGCUGGCGUUAGCGUUAAACUCUUUCUAUGUACCGGCUUUCUUUCUUUGUAAAUAUAUCGUAUUUCAUUGCGGGUUUCAACGUGGGCGCUUGCGGCUUUUACACAGCUGCGGCGUACCUAUGUACCAAAUGGUAUUUCCUUUAUGCGGCGAUGCGGCUAAUUUGUGCAAUUUUUCUAACGGCCGCAAGGGGGCACUCGAGUGGAAAAGGUAAGAGUGAGACCCGGUGGAAUAUAUGUGCCGAGGAAGUGAGUUUGACCUGUUAGUGCUGCGCUAGUAUGUUGCUGCUGUGUUUUUGGCGCGUCUCAGUGAUAUUUACUGUUUCCUUUUUUGGGUCCAGCAUUAGCGAAAGUUUCCUGACCGUGAAAGGGGCCGCACUCUUCUUGCCCCGGGGAAAUGGCUCCUCAUCGCCGUCCGGAUCCCGCUUCUCCGAACUGCCCAACAAACACGCAGGGGACAUCCAGCAGCAUCUUCAGACAAUGUUCACCGUCCUCAGACCGGAGGACAACAUCAAACUGGCGGUCCGGCUGGAGAGCGCUCACACGCCGACGACGCGCUACAUGGUGGUGGUGUCCACCAACGGGAGGCAGGACACCGAGGAGAGCGUCGUCCUCGGAGUGGACUUCAGCCCCGUGGACAGUUCCUGCUCCGUGGGUUUGGUUCUCCCCCUGUGGAGCGACACACUGAUCCAUCUGGACGGAGACGGAGGCUUCAGCGUGUCCACGGACUGCCGGGUGCACGUGUUCAAGCCCGUCUCCGUGCAGGCCAUGUGGUCGGCGCUGCAGUCGCUGCACAAAGCCUGCGAGGUGGCGCGAUGUCACAACUACUUUCCGGGCAGCCUGUUCCUCACCUGGGUCAGCUACUACAGGAGCCGGAUCUCCUCGGACCAGGCCCACAUCAACGAGUGGAACGCCAUGCGGGACCUGCAGUCGCACCGCGCCGACUCCCCCGUCCUGUUCUCUGACACGCCCACAGAACGAGAGCUGACCGAGCGCGAGAUUAAAAGCGGUUUGAGGGAGAUCAUGAUGCAAAAUGACCUGGAGAACGUCACCUGUAAGGAGAUCCGCACCGAGCUGGAAAUGCACAUGACUUGCAACCUGCGGGAGUUCAAGGAGUUCAUCGACAACGAGAUGAUCGUCAUCUUGGGGCAGAUGGACAGCCCCACGCAGAUCUUCGAGCACGUCUUCUUGGGUUCCGAGUGGAACGCGUCCAAUUUGGAGGAAUUGCAGAAGAGCGGAGUCCGCUACAUCCUGAAUGUGACGCGGGAGAUCGACAACUUCUUCCCGGGGGUCUUCGAGUACCACAACAUCCGCGUGUACGACGAGGAAGCCACGGACUUGCUGGCCUACUGGAACGACACCUACAAGUUCAUCACCAGAGCCAAGAACGACCACUCCCGGUGCUUGGUGCAUUGCAAAAUGGGGAUCAGUCGCUCGGCGGCCACGGUCAUCGCCUACGCCAUGAAGGAGUACGGCUGGGAUCUGACAGAGUCCUUCGACUACGUGAAGGAGCGCCGGGCGGUCGCCAAACCCAACCCUUCCUUCAUGAGGCAGCUGGAGGAGUACCAGGGCAUCCUGCUGGCCAGCAAGCAGCGGCACAACAAGCUGUGGCGUUCUCACUCCGACAGCGACCUCUCCGAGCACCAGGACCUGCUGUACAAAGACGACGGCCACCCGCACAGCUUGGGCAGCCAGGCCGCCGUCCCGCUCGGGCCCUCCGUCAGAGACCUGCUGGACUUGCCGGCGGCCGACGGGACGGCGCGUUGCGCCCGCCGGCCCGACGUCCCGGCCCGCCCGCUCAGCUCACCCCCGUGCGGCGGCGUUGCGGCGUCGCCGUCACCCCCGCCGUUCUCUAACGGUCCGAGCGAACCCGCGGAGGAGGUGGAGCGCGAUCAAUCCGCUUCCGCGCCGCCCACGGCCGCGACUGCGGUGCCGGGGGUCCCCCGCCCAGACGCCGUCGUAACGGUGGUGCAGAGUGUCGCCUUGGGGCAGCCGUACCCCCCCGCGGCCCUGCACCGCCUGUCGCCGUCGUCCCCGCCGCCCUCCACGCCUGAAGCGGAGAUCUCGCAUCGGGGCUGUUGCUCUGACCCGCCCGCGGUGUCGCCUGUCCACACGCCGGACUGCUCGGUUCCGGACAGUCCCCCUCCCGCCAGAGACGCCCUCCUCGCCCCCGUCUUCCCCUGCGUGUCGUUUGGACACGCCGACCGCAUCAACUUCUUCAGCGCCAGGGAGAAGUUCAAAGGGAUGACCCAAGACUGUCGCGGCGCCAAGCAACAUUCUCCUCCCGAAUCCCUCGCUGGAGAAGACACGAAAAGAAAGACGGUCGUUCCUGUGCAGGUCGCAGGAUCGAAGCCGUCCCUGCGGUCGGAGCGGUCCGAGCUCGGCCAGUCGGAGCGUUGCGACCGGGAAGCGAGGAGGUCCGAGCAGGACGUGGAGGGCGGGGACCUUUCUUGUCAGAGCGCGAAGCAGGAAGUGAAGAACGAAGAGGAGGAUGGCGUUUGUCUCGACAGGGACUGGAGGCGGGGUUCCGUCCGUCGUGUCACGCGCCAGCUGGAGUAUCGGAUAAAGCGGGAAAGCCGCGUCCCCUCGCCGUCCCCGCCCUCGCACUCAGGAAGCCCCUCCCUCUCUCAGCGCCGCACGUCGGCGCAGCCGGUCGCCGCCCGCGACCGAGAGGAGCAGCACGCCGUGAAAGGCGUCCUGGUCAGAAUGACGAGCGGGAGCGCAAGGAACGCCGACAGCGACUGGAUGUCCGUCGUCGAUUUCCUGUAUGCGGGGGGGUCGGCGGGCCCGCACUGCGACGGCGCCGUCCUGAAAGAGACAUGGGAGACGCUCCGCGAGCUCGGCGCCUUCCUGUUGCAGGUGAGCGUGGGCGCGCCUGGAGCCAAUCGAAAACGAGGCGGCGGCGCACAGAGGCACGUCCGGGAGGCGGAGGCUCGGAUCCGCCAGGCGGGCCUGACCCCGCCCUCGCUGAUGAAACGCUCGGCCUCGUUAGCCAAGUUAGGCUGUCUGGACCUGCUCGCCAACGACCUCACCGACUGGGACCUGAGCCGCGCCCACGCCGUCUUUGCCGCGCAUCCGUCCGCUGACGCGCUCUCUGCAGAGCCUUCGGUCCCCGCGGGCGCCGAGGACCCCAAGAAGCACCGCGUCCACGACGCUCCCUCCACAGUUGACCGGACGGCCGCGGAGUCGGCCACGCCCCCGGUCGAGAGGCCACGCCGGCCCCAAGACUCGCCGCCGGCGUCGUCGUCCUCUACCGAUUUUCCGCUCUUCACCUCCAGGCAGCAGUACGGAAGAAGUCACCCUGUAAGGCGCCUGAAAAAAUCAACCCUCAGCGCGUUCUACCACACCAUGUAG